CCCACUCACCUCGGCGCUCGCUCGAGCGCACCCGAGCCAUGAGCGACUCGAUUACAGACCUGCUCCAAGACACACUCGACCGCGCCAACGCCCUGUCGCAAGCGGCGUGGGACUCGCUCGUCCCCCCCUCGCUCGACAACCUGCACGACCUCCCCUCGCACCUGCACGCCACCUGGACCGACCUCGUCGACAAGCUCACUCUGCGCCAAGGCGUUCCCGACCCGCGCAACUGGCUCCCCGACGCCGUCCUCCCGCACGCCCCCGCUCCCCCUCCUCCCCCUCCUCCCCCACCCGCACCCGCCUCGUGGCCUCGCGCCCUCGCCUCGCACGCCGCAGCCCACCCGUGGGCCUACACCCUCGCCGCACUCGGCCUCUCGACCGGCACCGCCUACGCCCUCUACCCGCUCGAGACGACCGCGUUCCUCUCCCCGUCCCUCGUCCGCCUCGUCCCGCGCGCCCUCCUCCCCGACCCCAAGCACCGGCCCCUCCGCCUUGUCCCGACCGAGCACGGCGUCGCCCACGAGGUCCGCAAAGAGUGCGUCGUCGUCCUCGGCGCCGAGACCCCGCACGGCCGCGACCUCGCCCUCGACCUCGAGCGCCGCGGCUUUGUCGUCGUCGCCACCGUCGCCGACCCGCGCGAGGUCGACGUCCUCGAGAAGUUGAGCCGUGGAUGGCUCAAGGCCCUCGUCCUCGACCCGAACGAGUCGUCCUCGGUCGCGCCCUUCUUGCGCUCCCUGUCGACCGCCCUCUCGCUCCGCUUCCCGCUCCACACCUCGGGCGACCCCUUUGCUCGUCCGGCACACGCACUCGCCCUCACCGGCGUCGUCAACUGCCUGUCGCUCGCCGCCGCUGACGCCCAUCUCCCCGUGCCGCUCGAGGCCGCCGAGAACGACGACGCGCGUCGCAUGGUCGGCGAGAGGGUUGCUGUCGUCGUCGGCGUCGUCAAGGGGCUCGUGCCGCUCCUUCGCUCGGCGGCGGCGCGUCCGGGAGCGCCGACUGGCGUCCUCGUCUCGCUCGUCCCGUCGGCCUCGUCGCACCUCGCCCUCCCGUUCCACGCCUUCUCGUCGGCCGCCGACGCCGCCAUCUCGUCCCUCCUGCACUCGCUCCGCCGCGAGCUGACGGCCUCGACGACGAGCAACGUCCACCUCUCGAUUAUUGAGGUCGGCUUCUUCGAGUCGUCGUCGUCGCCGUCGUCCAGCAACAACGCCGCCGCCUCGACGACGGGCUCGACCGCGGUCCAGCUCCCGAUCCGCCUCGACGCCAUCUACGCCCCGGCCCUCGCGCGCCGCCAGCCUCGCUCGACCUCGACCUCGAACUCGGCGUCGCAGCCGUCCAAGGGCCAGCGCAAGAGCACCGAGCUGCGCCGGUUGAGCAAGCGUGUGUGGACCAUCCUCGUCCGGCCGACGCACGCCGGCGCCGUCGAGCGGGUCGGAGCUGGCUCUCGCACCUACGCCCUCGUCUCGCUCGUCCCGCACGCCCUCGUCGACACGUGCCUCUUCGUCCAGGACCGCCUCUUUGCGUUCUACCUCGCGCACGUCCAGCGCGCGCUCGCGCUCCGCAGGCGCAUCGCCUCGCGCGGCGGGGACCGCACCGGCUCCGGUGCCGCUCAUGGAGCGGGCGGGCAAGGAGGGGCGGCAGGUGGCGCGGCGCGCCCGCCGCUCCCGAGCGUCCCACCGUCGCUCCGCCCGGCGAACAAGGACGCCCCGGCGCCGAGUCACGUCGGCGCCGGCCACGGCCACCACCACCACACGCAGGCGCCGUCGUCGCAGGCGGCGAGCACGCGCGCGUCGUCGAGCGCGGGAGGCGACGACGACGCGCAGAGCGAGUCGAGCCUCGAGGACUUUGGGCCGCUCGGCGGCGGCGGCGGUGCGGGUCCGGGUGCGGGUGCUGAGGCGCCGAGCAUGGAUGGGAGCUUUGUGCACGUGUGACGGAGAGCGGGCGAUGGGCGG